GAUCGAUGCGCAUUGGCACGCUCUUAACUCAUUCGGUCCGUGAUCUUCGAUCAGUAAGGAGCUAGCGUACCAUCACCGACAGAAGCUUUCAAGAUGUUUCGUAAGAGCGGCAGGCCACUGCAGCUGCCACUCCCUAGCAAGGCUUUAGCUGUGCUGGUGUUUUGUGCAUCGGUUAGCUUACCCAACGUCCUGGCCACCUACAUACGAGUGGGGCAAAGUGCAGAAGUGCGUUUACCAACACCCCAAGCAACGAGCUGUGGUGAUCUAUUUUCGAUCGAUCAUGAAGAUUCCUAUCGGAAGCAGUACGACGGUACGCUUGUACUACGUCCAAAUAUCACGAUCCGUUACGUCCAGCUGGUGGUGCAGUUUGAUCGCGAAGUGGAGCAACUGACGAACUACUUCGGAAGGAUCAGCACGAUCGACCACGUGAGCUUUCACAUUGCAAAUCUGACGUACCCGUUGCGGGCCGGAACCGUGGUUAAGAUACCGCUGGAAGUGUCCUACACAUCCGCGAUCAAACCGACGAUCGUACGGGUCGAGGUGAACGGUGUAACGGUUUGUCCGGUAAACAAUUUAAGACCUCUGGUAAGAAAUUUCCGUGAUCCAUGGGCGGGAAGUUCGCUCCCGGGUACGACCAACACCAAUCAACCGGAAGUACACUCGCGCAAUGGAACUACGGAACCGGCACAUCAGUUUAACUCCUCCUGCCAGGCCAUACGUACCGGGGUGAUCGUUUCUUCCGGACGCUGGGAUGCGGUGAUAGAGCUCGUGGCCGAAAACACCGUUGACCGGGCGCUGAUAGAGAUCGUGUUCGAUCAACCGGUGUACAUGCUGGGGGUACUGAAUCCAUUCGGCGAAGUGACGACCGACGAUAGUGUGCGGUUUCGGAUCGAAAACCGAACCUUCAUCCUGGCGAAGGAUGCCGAAAUCGAGCUUAACUUCUUCGUCCGCUACAAUCAGAUGGGACCGAUACCGGACGUGGUGGAGGUGAACUUUAACGGCCACAACCACUGUCAGCAGCGGAAGCGUCGCGUGCUGGACGAUCCGCGGGAACAGCGAUACAUCACGCGGCCGACAAGUACCACCACGGAGCGUUCUGUAUCGCGGGGAAAUGGCCAGCGGCCAGCAAAGGAGGAAACAGCAUACGACAGUGCAGGUUGGCCGUUAGAGCAGGGUGAGUGUGCUACAGUGCUGGAACCACUCGGGACUCGCAUACGAUCGCGAAUCAUUGGAGGCGUAACGUCUAACCAGGGCGAACAUCCGUGGCACGUGGCUGUCUAUUUGGAUGAGGAAUAUCAGUGUGGUGGAAGCAUCAUCGGAAGACGCUGGAUCCUAACGGCGGCUCACUGUCUGACACGGCAAAACACGAACGAAACGCUCGAGGCGGAUCUGUUCCGCGUGUACACCGGCAUCAUAGAUAUCAGUACGAUCGAUGAUCACUUUUAUCGGACGGCGGAUGAGGUCAUUAUACAUCGGGAUUAUAAUCCGGUAAUGUACACGACGGACAUUGGAUUGUUGCGGUUGAAGCGUAACAUCACGUACAACAGCUUCAUAAAGCCGGUCUGUCUGUACAACCGGACGGUAGACAUUAGUACGUUCUAUGGUCGCGAAGGCAAAGUUACUGGUUGGGGCUUUAACCGGGAUGGAGUGAUCAGCAAUGUGCUGAACUAUCUGGAAGUUCCGGUCGUUUCGCAGAAGGUUUGCUCCCAGCGUAACGUCCAGUUUAAUGGUGUGCUAGCUGUGGGAGAAUCGUUCUGUGCUGGCCACGCGGAUGGCAAUUCCGUAUGCAAUGGGGACAGUGGUGGUGGAUUGGUCUUUGCCGAAGGUUCCCGGUACUACGUGCGAGGCAUCGUGUCGAUCAGCGCCCAGCGUCGAAACCUUCUCCUCUGCGAUCCGAACCAAUACUCCGUGUUUACUGACGUGUCCAAGUUUCUGAACUGGAUACGGCAGCAAGUGUCGUAGGUCAGGGAGCUGGAUAAGGCUGGAUUGGUCAACGGGUGAUUACGUUAUGAAGAAGGGGGGAAAAUAUUUAUUUCAAUCGACACAGCAAAACACAAAACGCAGAACAACGAUUAAUAAAAAUGCUUUCACACCAAGCGGA